AAAGCCGCCCAGAUUUCGUCUGACCUUCUGUUCUUCCUUCCUCUCCCGGCUCCUGCUCCUCUCCUCCUCUUUAAAGUGUGUGUGUGUGUGUGUGUGUGUGUGUGUGUAUUUUUUCCUCCCUACCCUGUUGAGUGCUACAUAGGGGGGAGGCACCCCACAUGCCAACCAGGAAGGAGGAAAAAGCCCUCCUCCCCACACCUCCAUCCUCAAAAUCUUCUUUGACAUGAUUACAAAAAAGAAGAAAAAGCCCAAUUAGUAUUUUUAAUUAAAUUAAAAAAAAAAAUCUGGUCCGUUUGUGGCACUUGGAAACAGGGACUGGGAUAUAAAAUUUUGGACUUAUCUGUGAGCAAUAAGUUGGAAGAAGAGAAGAGUGUUUUGCCAAUCCCCUCAUUUUGGGGGAGGGGGGGUCGAUCCCCCCAGGAUGUAUCCCCAGGGACGGCACACUACUCCACUUCAGUCUGGCCAGCCUUUCAAGUUCUCCGUUCUGGAAAUCUGUGACCGCAUUAAAGAAGAAUUUCAGUUUCUCCAGGCUCAGUAUCACAGCCUGAAACUGGAAUGCGAGAAGCUAGCCAGCGAGAAAACAGAAAUGCAGAGGCAUUAUGUCAUGUAUUACGAGAUGUCCUAUGGUUUGAAUAUUGAGAUGCACAAACAGGCGGAAAUUGUCAAACGGUUGAAUGCCAUCUGCAGCCAAAUCAUACCCUUUCUGACGCAAGAGCAUCAACAACAGGUGUUGCAAGCCAUGGAACGAGCUAAGCAGGUGACGAUGGGAGAGCUCAACAGUGUUAUUGGGCAGCAGCAGCUCCAAAACCUUUCUCAUCAUGCCACUCCAAUCCCCUUGACCCCUCACCCCUCGGGCUCACAGACAUCCACUUUGGCUAGUGUCAAUACAGCUUCCGGACUACUGGCGCUCUCGGGGGUGUUAGCAGCUCAACCUCCUCUUGCAGCCAAGGAAGAAAGAGGAGCUCAGGACUCUGAGAACAGCCGAGAACACGCUUUGAGCAGGAGCAAUUCCACUUCCCCUCCGGAAAGCCUGCAAGAGGAGGAACACCUGGAUGGCGCAGGGCUUAAGCGCAAACAAGAUGGCAAAGACGAGGGGGUGCAUUAUGAAAGCGACACGGAGAAAAGCGACUACAACCUGGUCGUUGAUGAGGAUCCUCCUUCGGAGAACGGCAGCCCCGCCUGUGUGUCCGCUACGAAGCUGCCAGCUCUGCCGAGUCGGAGGGACGUCCCCGACAGCCCAGCCUCGCUGGCAUCCAGUCGGAGCCCCACUCCUCUCAAAGCAAAGGACCAGAAUUUGAGCGAUACAGCCGCUAGCUCUGCUCCCUGUAAGUUAGACAACUUGUCUCCACCCCAUGAAUCCUUAACCCCCGGUCCUGGUCCGAGUUGUGCCUCCCAGAUCCGACAGAUUGCCUCCAAGUCGUCCACUACAGACAGCAUCACCCUGCGGAGCCCCCUGAGUGUAGCAAGUUCUUACGCGUCCUCCUUCGGAAUAGUGCCCCACGCUGCCCUCAACGGUGAAUUGGCUGUACCCAGCUCGUUCGUGAGCAUCCACCUCUCCCCACAGAUCAGCGGGGCUGUGAUGUAUGGACGUUCCCCGGUGGUGGCCUUUGAGUCUCACCCGCAUUUACGGGGUUCUGCCAUUUCUUCUUCUUUGCCUGCUGUUCCUGGCAGCAAACCGGCCUACUCCUUCCACGUCAGCGCCGACGGGCAAAUGCAGCCAGUCCCCUUCCCGCCGGACGCCCUCAUUGGCACGGGCAUCCCGCGGCUCGCCCGCCAGCUCCACACGCUGACCCACGGCGAGGUGGUCUGCGCCGUCACCAUCAGCAACUCCACCCAGCACGUCUACACGGGAGGGAAAGGCUGCGUGAAGGUGUGGGACGUGGGGCAGUCGGGCACCAAGACCCCCGUGGCACAGCUGGAUUGCCUGAAUCGGGACAAUUACAUCCGAUCCUGCAAGCUUCUCCCCGACGGCCGCAGCCUCAUCGUUGGCGGGGAGGCCAGCACCCUGUCCAUCUGGGACCUGGCGGCUCCGACGCCCCGGAUCAAAGCAGAGCUGACCUCUUCCGCCCCGGCCUGCUACGCCCUGGCCAUCAGCCCCGACGCGAAAGUCUGCUUUUCCUGCUGCAGUGACGGCAACAUUGUCGUGUGGGAUCUGCAGAACCAGACGAUGGUCAGGCAAUUCCAGGGUCACACGGAUGGGGCCAGCUGCAUUGAUAUCUCCAAUUACGGCACCAAGCUAUGGACGGGAGGACUGGACAAUACUGUGCGGUGCUGGGACCUUCGAGAGGGCCGGCAGCUUCAGCAACACGACUUCAGCUCCCAGAUCUUCUCCCUGGGUUACUGCCCCACCGGCGAAUGGCUGGCUGUCGGGAUGGAGAGCAGCAACGUGGAAAUCCUGCACGUCACAAAAUCGGAGAAGUACCAGCUGCACCUUCACGAAAGCUGUGUCCUCUCCCUCAAGUUUGCCUCCUGUGGAAAAUGGUUUGUCAGCACGGGGAAAGACAACCUCCUCAAUGCUUGGCGGACACCCUAUGGGGCGAGCAUCUUCCAGUCCAAAGAAUCCUCUUCAGUGCUGAGCUGCGACAUCUCAGCCAACGACAAAUUUAUUGUGACAGGCUCAGGCGAUAAGAAAGCCACGGUUUAUGAGCUGGUGUACUGAGGAGGGGAAUGUCUCGGUCAUCCUCUUUGUUCCUCCCAUUUCUUCCUUUGGGGACACUGGUUGGAAGCCUCCUUUCCCACAUCAAUGAGAGCGAACUUGACCACGCAAAAGACUGUUUCCCCCUUUCCCUGCCUGCUGAACUCUCCUGGUCUCCUGGAAAACGGACUUGGCAGCUUUGACUGCAAAGAUUCCAAAAGGCAAAACCCACACUCUUUAAGGUGUGACCAGGCAUCCAUGAAGACUAGAAACUCUUUUAAAAAGAAGAAGAGUGGUGAGAUGCUCAGGAAAGUGCUAUGCUUUGCUACAACCUCCCUCUCUCUCUGCCAGACAUCAUUUCUCUGUGAAGACCACGUUUGAGUCAUGGGAGGGGACGUUUGCUGUGGAACCUGAUCAAAUCAGUGGGCUAUCAGUGCAAUGGUGUUGCCUGGAGGAAUUGGUACUGUGUUUGUCCUCCACCCCUUACAAUUUCCCUUCAUUUGCAACCUCCCCCAUCCUCACCACCACCCCCCAAACAAAACCCAAUUGUUACUUUUUCUUGAAUAAGUAAAUGUAUUUAAAAAGUG